CUGCAUUAAAAAAAGGGACCAGAACAGCGCUCUUUCAGCAUCCUUUCAGACAAGAGCCCCUAAAUCCGUGACGGUGAGCAACUCUUCAAGAAUGGCAACCCUCAACACCACUCACUGGAAUGAAACGACAUCCAUUUCCCAGUAUCUGGGCUUUCAAGUACAAAAAAUUUACCCUUUCCAUGAUAACUGGAACACCGCCUGCUUCAUUAUUCUGAUCAUAUUCAUCUUUACAGUAGUGUCUCUGGUGGUGUUGGCUUUCCUCUAUGAACUGCUAGACUGUUGCUGCUGUGUGAAAAAUAAAACUGUGAAAGACUUGGAGAAUGAACCCAAUCCUGUUAGAGCAAUGAUAAACAGCUUCAGAAAGCGCGAAACAGAGGUGGUGUAGGAAGGACUGAACGUCAGCACUUGAAGAACAUUUAACACCUUGAAUGAAGCCCCUUCUACCUUAUGAACGAGCAAGUCACGUGCUUUUUCUUUUUUUCUUUCGGACUUAAAUGUAACAGCAACAGCUAUCAUUUUAUCUCUGGAUAUGAACUUGAAUAAUUGGCAAAGGCUUUCCGAGUGCUUAGCAGAAGGAUGAUCUGUUGCAAUGUUACAGGGGAAGAAAAGAUUUUUGUUUCUAAAUGAACUUUUGUUGUUUAUAUUGAGUUACUAGCAUAGAUCUUUGCCUACCUGAAGGAACAAAUGUUGCCUAACAUGCAUAAAACUAUGUUGCUUAACUGGAGAAAACGUUUAUAAAAAUGCUCAACAAUCUGAUCAUACAUAGGGCAAUGACCCAGCAGUGUCCUCCCACUGAGGUCAACCACACAGAGACAGGAAAGAGACAAGGGGUGAGGAAAAGAUACGAGAGAGAAGGGUUGAACAGUGAGAUAUCCCCUGAGACAGGAGAGGCUCAUGUGCAUUCUUGCCUUCAGCAGCUCUUCCUCGCUUUUAGAAGAGAGUGCGGUGGGAGGAAAAGUAAGCUAAUAUGAAACGUAUCCCAAAACCGGUCUUUUCCAACCUUCUGUGGUACAAUUUGACCCUUUCUUCCUCCCUUUCUCCAGUUCCAGAGAACUCCUCCCCCUUUACUUCACAUUCAACCUGUUUAACACCUUCUGGGUGUCAAGAUGCGACUAAUGCACUACCUUAAGAAUAUCCAACUAUCUCCACAUAAGCAUACUGUAGAGGUACUAUGGUCCAGAAGAAACAGGGACAUUUUUCUGUCCCAAGGCUGCUGCCUCUAUGGUAAUGAUGACACUACAGGGAGUCAGACAUGCUGGAUGUAUCAUCCUUAUCUUAGUUUUUCAAAGCCGAUCUGGAACUGACCAAGUUCUUGCCAAGGAACACAAGCAGACGGGUGGCAGACCUCCCACACCUAUGACAGUAAUUUCACCCAGCCUGCCUGCAGCUUUCAGGUGUCGACAUGCUUUGCAAAGGAGGCUGCACCAGGAUAAGUUUUGCGCUAGAAAUGGCAGGAUGGAUGCACAGCGAGAAGUGGCUUCGUUUUGCACAAGAGAAUCUCAUCUUGCUUCGUCAGCCUGCCGAUGCAUCCCAGAGAGUUUACGCUCACACCUUGCUGACAAACCGACUGUGGAACACUCAGACCUCUAGCUCACCGGAUUAUUUUCCUUCUGUAGCUGCGUUGCAUCAAUAGUUUUAUAAACCAUAAAAGUUUUGCAGUUACCAGUUCAACUGUAAUAACAGCAUCCAACAGCAUGGCCACCAGUAAUGCCCAGUAAGUCUUUCACGCUCCCGAACCCACAGAGAAGCAGGCCAGCGAGAAACAUCCCAGACCAAGGCUACUACACAUGGGACGAGAUAUUUAACUAUAUAAAACCCAAAUAAUAUUCCUGUCAUUAGGGAAACAAAACCCACCUAACGGCCAAAUGGACAAGUAAGCUACAACGCUGAUCUUACAGUCUAUCCAUGUCAGAAAUACCUCUGUGCUAUGGCCAGUACCAGUAAUUAUAUAUAUAUAUUA